CGGGACCUGCCUCUCCCGUGUCCUUCUGUGAGCCUGCCCAGGCACCACAGGUUCAGGUGCUCUUCCUUGAGCCCCGUGUUAAUCUCUUCCUAUUAAUUUUCAUCAUGUAUUGCACCCACUACAAAACUGGAUUGUAUACUGUGUUGUCACUCCAUAGUUUCUUCCACUGCAUUGCAGGAGUCAUUAAUGGAGGAAUUAAAGAAAGAUGAAAUUAUUUUACAUGAAUCCAUUUCUGUACUGAUAUGUCUUUGCGGAAAGUUUACUUUUCCUUUCAGAAGCCAGCAAGAUCUCACUAAUCCAUUUUCUCAUUGUUUCAGCUGCUGUCAGGACCCAUUGGCCAGAAAGUAACACUGAACCCCACUUAGAAAACAUCACCUUUUAUCAGGGUCAAGUAAACUUUUCAGCAGUGGUCUCCAAAGAGCCUGUGAUGGUUCAGACCCCCAGAAAGAGCCAUGCUUCUUCGGAUGCUCCAGAAAACUUUACUCCACUGACUGAAACAGCAAAUACUGGAGGACGAUCUGACUCUCCAAGUGGAACAGAUUUCACCAUUUCCCCUGCUGGGGGCUCACCUGAGGUAGCAACAGCUCUGAAUUCCCAGAACACCUCAGCCUUGGAAAAGCUUCGCUUCUCAUCCAACAGUUCAGAGUCAGAAGAAUGGAUUGCCGCUUCUCAAACGGAGAGUGGAACACUCCAGGGCUCCCUGGCCAGGGAAAAGGGUCUUCCAGAAGAAGCGACUCUGCACCCUCAGGUGGCUGCCGCGUCUGUUUUGAGCCAGUCCUCUCUUCCUGCUUUGGAGAUGGGAGAACCGACCACAUUCUCUAGGAAGAGCAACUCCUGGGGUCCAGAGCUCUCUUCGCUGCAUUUCUCCAGGACUCCAGCUUACACCCCUCCCUCAGACCAUUCAUCUUCUGGAAGUAUAAUGGAGCUCAGUGACUUCACUACCUUCAGCAGUCCCUCGGCCAGUCAGACAAAGAGUAUGCAUGAUGCCACCAUGUUCACCGAUGGUGUCCCUAGGACGCUCCAGUCUUUACCUGUCAGUCUGGGACCUGUAAAUGAGACAGAGCACUUCCCUGAAUACUCUGAAAUUGCUACCACUUCAGCAUCAGUCCAUUCUUCACCCUCUGUAGAGGAAUCAACAAGGAACGGUAGAGUAACUGGGACUCUAGAGAGUGGAGAGUUCAUUGAGCCGUCACCAGAAAAUAGAUUGGAACUUACAUCUUCCAAGAUCUCAGUGGGAUUUUGGCAAAGUGAUUCUCCAACCUUCGGGAGACCUCAGCUUCCCAGCAGCUCUGAUGCUAACAAUGGAAGUUCCGUUUCUCAGACUGAGACUGUGUCUAGGUCGGUGCCAUCCACUGAUGGUGGAGAGAGCACCGCACACUGGUCCUUGACCAACAGCGAGAUGUUUGUAAAUGUGACAGGAAGCUCGACUUCAUCUCCCGAAGCUGUGAACUCUUCAGUUUUGACCCAGUUCUCUGACUCUGCUCCACAGUCCAAAGGAAGCACGUUGGGUGAUAGGAAUUCCUCUGAGCCAUCCACAGAGUCUUUGUCUACGUCUUCCUCAGAAAGCCUGGAUCCCUCUGUAUCACGCGGUGAACGUUCAACCAUUGAAGGCAGCCAUGAACUGGGAGGCAGUUCAGACCCACAGGAAAAGACUUCUGGUUCUCACCCUCACAGCCCACACACAUCAGCUACUUUCACUGGAGCUGGAGAGCGGACACUGCGAUCUCUUACCAACGGGAGCACGGCUCCUGGAGAAGUGGGGAGCUCUGCCUCGGUGCUCAGAGAAACGGAGAGUGCCACACGGCACCUGGACGUGACCAAGGACACAGACUUCGUCUCAGUCACUGGAAUUAGUUACGGUCAAUUGAAUGGCACAGAUAUGGAACAGAGGACUUCCAGUGACCACACAGACCGCACUUAUGCUUCAUCUACUUUCACCAAAGGAGAACGGGCAUUACUGUCCAUUACAGACAACAUGGACUUAAGGGAGAGUUCAACCUCUUAUAUCAAGAUCUCUAACUCUUCACAUUUAGAGUAUUCUUCCUCUUCUCAUGCUCAGACUGAAAGAAGUAAUGCCUCAUCCUAUGAUGGGGAAUAUGCUCAGCCUUCCACUGAGUCACCGGUUAUGCGUACUGCCAACCCUCCAUCCUACAUGCCCACCAUUAACGUGACAAAUACUUUGGUUCUUCUGGAUGUGGAUGCUGGAUCUGUUGGUGACUCAUCUUCUCCAUCAGGGCCACCUUUGCCUCUGCCCUCAGUGUCACAGUCCCACCAAUUGUUCUCAUCAACCCUACCAUCAACCAGGGCCUCUGCUCCUCCACUGAAGUCUACCUCGGAUGUGUUUUUGUCUUCCUCACCUUCACCUUUACCAGUCUCCUUGAUGGCAUCUACCCUUGCACCGUCUACUCCUGCCCCAUCUUCUGUCUCACAAACAACCUUACCACGUUCAUCUUCUACCCCUGUCCUUCCCAGGGCAAGGGAGACUUCUGGGACUUCUCUUUGGACAUGGACAAUGGCAUCAUCCAUAGCAGUGCUCCAUAGUAGUCAAACAGAAGACCCUAAGAACCAGAGUGACCCAUACCAGGAGAAAGUCAUCACGGAGACAGAGUCACCAAGCCUAGUAUCUUUGCCAACAGUGUCCACUGAAGCUGUAACAACGAGCUCUCCUUCGGAAGUCCCUUUGCCCCCAGCCUUAACAGAGUCCUCCACUGAGCAAACCCUUCCAGCCAUGAGCACCAGCUUAGCCCAAGUUUCUCCAGCUCUGAGAGCCACCACCCUCAAGACCUCUCAUCCCCCUGUGACCACUGGCAGCCUCCCAUCAAGCACAGUGGCUCUGAUGAGUGGUGCCACAAUAGUACAGACUACGGCUGGGGAACAGUUCUCGCCAACCAGUCCUGAGGUCCUAGUGCCACAAAUCUCAACACAGGGUGCUGUCACCACAAAAAGGACUCAGGUUCAUAUAGAUGCUACCACCAAAUUGAUUCCUCUGACCAGCGCACCCACAUCAGCAAGAGACUUGGCUGCAAGUCUUGGCGUUACAGAAGAGCACAGCCCAGCUUCACAUUUCUCCAGAACAUCUGCUUCUUCUCAAACCACAGGUGUUUCUACUGCUGAAGUAUUGACUCAUAAAUCUACCACCUUCCCUGCUCAGGGCAGCACACCGUCACCAACGGCAUUGUCUUCUCCAGCCUCAGUCAACAGCUGUGCCUCAAACCCUUGUCUUCAUGAUGGGACCUGCAUUGCUGAUGCCUCCAGCCGUGGGUACCGGUGUGUGUGCUCACCUUCCUGGCAGGGGGAUGACUGCAGUGUGGAUGUGAAUGAAUGCGUUUUGAACCCCUGCCCGCCCCUGGCCACGUGCAACAAUACUCAGGGAUCCUUCACCUGCAAAUGCCCAGUUGGGUACCAGUUGGAAAAAGGAAUAUGCAAUUUGGUUAGAACCUUUGUGACAGAGUUUAAAUUAAAGAAAACUUUUCUCAACACUACUGUGGAAAAACAUUCAGACCUACGUGAAGUUGAAAACGAGAUCACCAAACUGUUAAAUGUGUGUUUUUCAACGUUACCUGGUUAUACACGAUCCACAGUUCAUGCUUCUAGGGAGUCCAGCACGGUGGCGCUCUCACUGCAAACCACCUUUUCCCUGGCCUCCAACGUGACGCUGUUUGACCUGGCCGACAGGAUACAGAAGUGUGUCAACUCCUGCAGGCCCUCUGCUGAGGUCUGCCAGCUCCUGGGAUCUCAAAGGCGGAUCUUUAGAGCGGGCAGCUUGUGCAAGCGGAAAAGUCCCGAAUGUGACAGAGACACCUCCAUCUGCACUGAUCUGGAUGGCAUUGCUCUGUGCCAGUGCAAGUCGGGCUACUUUCAGUUCAACAAGAUGGAUCACUCUUGCCGAGCAUGUGAAGAUGGAUAUAGGCUUGAAAAUGAAACCUGUAUGAGUUGCCCAUUUGGCCUUGGUGGUCUCAACUGUGGAAACCCCUAUCAGCUUAUCACGGUGGUGAUUGCAGCAGCAGGAGGUGGGCUUCUACUUAUCCUAGGUAUUGCACUGAUCAUUACCUGUUGCAGAAAGAAUAAAAACGACAUAAGCAAACUCAUCUUCAAAAGUGGGGAUUUCCAAAUGUCCCCAUACGCUGAGUACUCCAAGAACCCUCGCUCACAAGAAUGGGGCCGAGAAGCUAUUGAAAUGCACGAGAAUGGAAGUACCAAAAACCUCCUGCAGAUGACAGAUGUAUAUUACUCGCCCACAGGUGUACGGAAUCCUGAACUUGAACGAAAUGGACUAUACCCGGCCUACACUGGAUUGCCGGGAUCGCGGCACUCUUGCAUUUUCCCCGGACAGUAUAACCCAUCGUUCAUCAGUGAUGAGAGCAGGAGAAGAGACUACUUUUAACUACAGAAGAGAGAGGGAGGGCCCGCUGCUCUGAGCAAGUUACGGGGACUUCAUGGGACUGCACCAGGACGGACCGCCACCGCUGGCUGCUCCCGGGACUUGUCGGAGCCACGCUCAGUGGCAAGCAGAAAGUGGGACAGGCGUGAGGGGAGUGACCACAGUGAAAGGGGACAGAUGGGGCCUGUAGACGUGGCACCACAGGCUGCUCAUCUGGCGCCUGGAUUGCUGCUGUGAAUGUGAACAUGGGCCAGUACAAAAAGAGUUCCUCAGAGUAACUGCGACACGGCCGCUAGCACUAAGGCAGAUCGUUAGGCGUCAUGGCAAGGACCCAGUUUUUCCUUAGUUUGCACUUUAGUAAAUUGGAUGAGGAAGUCUCCUUUUGGAUGUAUUUCAAGACUGAUCCAAAAAAAGGCCUCUUUUCCUCAGACCUUUCCGUCAGCCUCAAUUUGGCAAUCCAUCUGAAGCAAAAUACUGGCUCUAGUUAUUUUCCUGCCGGUGCCUACAUGUUAAAUGACAGAUGAUGCUAAACAUACCACUAAGGUUUGAAGAUGCUGCAGUUUAACGCACAGUAUUUUAAUGUUUCUAGGUCUGAUUAUGCUACAGAUUCCAAGCCAGCCCCCAAAAUGAGGAACUGAAAUGGGUCGAGCACAGCACACAACUUCAAUUUGCUUUUUAUCAGGAUAGCACGUUUACUUAAAAUGAUUUUGUCCCUUUGCAAUGAAAUCUCCCUUCUUCAAACAAGUCUGGGUCAGGGCAAAACAAUGUCUGUCUGGUUUAGUUAGAGGCGCCCAGCUGCCCCGUGGUGAGCCCAGCAGGCAGAAUCAGGGGCUGACCCUGGCUACGGCCCUGGUGGAUGAUCUAGCAAGCUGAAGGGUUGGGGCACUUUUUAUCAGUGAGGACACUACAUGGUGCCUGGGACUCCGACCGCCGUCUUGGAGGCCAGAGGCUGCUAUGGAUGGGUUAGAAUGGCACGCUGAAUGCAGGUGGUGUCUGAGCUGGUAUUUCACGACCAGAGGAAAAGCAGCUUGAUGUGAUUCCUGCAGCUGAAGGUGGUUAGAGGGAUGGAUGGCACGAGCAAGUCAGAAUUCCCGAAACGCUAGUGCUUUGGGAAGCCGUGUGGAUACCUGAGGAAGAUUAGGGAGUCUGGAUGGAGUACCACGUGAGUGUGCUUACCUGCUAGUGCGGCCUCUUUGAUUGUACCUGUGAUCCUGUCCACAGACUCAGUGUAAACUUGCAACUGCUCAAAGCUAUUUGUUCAUUGAAGAAAUCACUCAUCUUCUCUCAUCCAGUAAUUCGUACGUCUUUAUACUACUGUGUCAUUCCCCCAGAAUCAUGGUUAUAAGUCAGCACCGGAGAACUAAAGACUUCUGGCCAGGUAGGGAGGUGGGAGUUUGCCUUUGGGAAGGAAAUUCCACGCAUCUUAUUUCUUGCACCUGUGACGUGGGUCCUAUGAGGGGGGCAUAUCCAGUGCUCAGUGUCUUUAACUGCCUCUUGUGGAGCUGUGCUUAUUCUCAUCAUCUCCUUUUGGAACAUCCUGGUUUUGGGUGAAGUGAAGAGAACACAGAAGUAAAAGAAUUGCUCCUACCCUGAAGCUUUGCGCUCAGGGACACACACUUUUGGAAAUGGUUCAGCCAUUGGGAACAAUUCCACCCUGGGCAUGGUUGUUUCUUCCAGGUCUCUAAUCUCCUCAGAGCUGUGUAGUCCUUAUUCCUAUGCUAUCCUCACUCUCCCAGUUUUAAGCACGUACUGCUGUGUGGCGUGGUCUCCAGUGCUCACCAUCGUCACGCUGCUGAGGUAGGAAUGCUCAUCAGGUGCGAUACAUCUUAGUACGUAUAUCCACUCAUCUCAUGGGAUAGACACAAAAAGAAUUCUGUUUUUGUCACCGGAUGCCAAGUUCAAAUUACAGAGCAUCAUAUUACCUUUUUGAAAUCUUGGGUCUUGUAUCUCUCUGGAGAACCAAAUGGACCUUUCUACCUUAUUACCUUACAUCUACCUGGAGAGCUCAGAGUGAUUGCACUCUGCUCACCUGAGCUCAGAGUUGGCACCCUUGUAAGGAGGCCCAGCUUUCUGGCUCUUUUCGUACCCUCCUUGCUCAUCACCAGGACCCACAGCUGUGGGAAGGGCCCAGGUGUGGGGGUUUAGUCCAAGGCAUACACUUCUGCCUUCAGCUGACAUCACAGCUGACAGAUCACCUGUAUCAGGGCCAGACGCUGUCAGUUCCACACAAUGAAGUGUUCUGUCCCAAAAGCCUUGAGAAGAAUCCCAAUCCAGAAAAAGAGUGUCCUGUGAGUUCCAAAAAUGCUUUCCUGUUUAUUGUCUGUAUGGGGUGGAUUAAGAGUGUAUUGUUUUUAACUGAAAAAAUGAGGCACCCUGCCAGGUUGAAGUAACAUAAUACCUACAAUUUCUAGGAGGCAGUGGAGAUGGGGCAAGUGCAUCUCAAGAGCCGUGAGGUUCUAAGAAGCACACGAAAGCAGCAUGCCUGUUCCCCAGUGCUAGCUGACCACCUGGUGAGGAAGGGAGCGGAUGGCUUCACCCCUGCUUGUGGUUAAUCCCUCCAGGGGGGUUCUGCCUGGGCUGAGGGGAAACAGCUGGUUGCCGGCAGCAACCUCUGGACGGACAGCCGGGCUGGGCACACACCUGGCAAACAGGAACUCUCUGCUCUGGCCCAGGUGCUCCAGCAUCUCUCCCUGCCUGGAAUGUGUGACUCAUGCAUUUGGAGCACCAUGGGGCCCCACAGCUGGCGGAAGGUGAGAGGACGGGCACAGUGACACUUACCUGCCCCUGAGAUGCUUACGAUUCUGUAGGGAAAAGCCGGACCAAGUGGCACAUGUGUGGCCGGACGUGUUCAGAGCACGCCAACUGUCAGAUCAGGGAGGUGCUCCCCGCUGGUCUCCCAGUGUCUGGGGGUUUUGUGUAAGCUCCACCACCACCAGUUGCCGUCAAGUUGACUCCGACUCCUGGCAAUCCUACGUGUGUCAGAGUAGAGCUGUCCCCCAUAGGGUAGAUCACCAGGCCAUUCUUCCAAGGCACCUCUGGGUGGUCUCGAACCUCCAACCUUUCAGUUAGUAGCUGGGCAUGUUAACUGUUUGCAACACCCAGGAACGUGUAAAGCCCCAGAGGGUCUUAUUUCACCUAUCUUUUCCUGUUUUCCCCAUGAGCCAGCCCAGGGCACUAGAGGCUGUUUAUUAGGAUGAGCCAACAUCUCUUGUUGCUCCCAUGACAAGGCUCCAUGCAAGGUCCUUGGCCUCAUACACCCCUGAGAGGUAGGCAUGAGAGUGCCCGUUUCUCAGACAGUAGCCUUCAGAGAGGUAAAACAACUUGCCUUGUAGAGCCGAGAUUCCAACCCCAGUCUGCCUGAUACUCGUUUGUACUUUCCACUCUCUCUCUCUGCCUCGCCAUCCAACGGGGACAAGAGAGAAGAAUGGGCUUGAAAAUAAGUUCUUAUUUUUCUUAAAGAGCCUAAAUAUUAUCAAGCAAUAGCCAAGCGAAUGGCAUGAAGUACAAGAAGAAUGUUGAAUCCCCUUUUGGAAAAGUCCUUUCCAGUUUGUUUCUGCAUAUAUGUUUUUGAAGCUGAUGGCAAUCAUUGAGAAAACAGUGGCUGGCCUGUGCUUAGCAAGAAGCAUUUUGGUAUGUGGCUUUGGGUGUGGGAGGUGUAAUGUGGUGAUCUGGAUUUUUUUAGAAACAUGGCCAGAUUUAUACGUCUCACUGAGGGCUGCCUCCUUCAGAGACCCCUGAGAAGGCUCAAGCCGAGUUCCCGUAGUAAGGCCCUGGUUCCCUGCACAUGGGAAGUGUAUUUUUGUGAACCAUUGCCAGAGUUGGGAGCAUAUUCAGUUGACUGUCUUAAAUGCUUGCAAGCCUUCCUUCUCUGAGAGGAAAUUUAUUUUCAGGAGCAGCUAAGUCAUUUAGAGCCCAAAUUGCUAAAUGGAUGGUUUAAUUGAGCUGGCUGAUAGCAUUUGAGGUCAGAAAAUAAGACAUGACUAUUAAGUUCUUGGGAAACCCUGGUGGUGCAGUGGAUAAGAGCUACAGCUGCUAACCAAAAGGUCAGCAGUUUGAAACCACUUGGCGCGCUCCUUGGAAACCCCAUGGAGCAGUUCUACUCUGUCCUAUAGGGUCACUAUGAGUCGGAAUCGACUUGACGGCAACGGGUUUAUUAAGUUCUUGAUGAGGUGCCUCUUGAAGUUGGCUUUGAGGACACUUCCCCAGAGGGAAGGGCGGCAGCCUUAGAAUAUAAGGCUGGAUGGCUGCCGAGGAAAAGGCCUCUAUGGGAUGGUAUCGACUCAGGUGUAAAGGCCCCCAAGCAGGUGUGUUGGAGUCCCUCGCACGUGGCUUUGUAGUGCCCCCAUUCAGCCAUCUUGCCCGUGCCCAGGUGCCCUCUAACACUGCUCAGUUCUGCCCAAAGAAGCUGGGCCUGCACAUCCCAGUUGCCCUUGGCUUAGUUCAGCCUAACACGUCCAAAACGAAGAGUUUGACCUCUAAGUUCUCAAAUACCUACAUUUCUUUAGAGAAAGGAAGAAAGUAAAGUUUCAUAUCUCAGUAUUUUAUAUCUUAUGUUAAAACUUCACUCAUUAUCAGAGAGGUUUUUCUAUUUGAAAGCUGUGGGGAUUAGAAAGGACAUUUCAUUUGUUUCUUGACAAAGUGUCAUUCCGAGCUUCUCUUGCAUUUUGGAAACAGACAGGACUUUGUGGGGUUUGCUUUUGGGUAUGUGUUCUUUUUCUUUUCUCGAAUCCCUCGAGAAAACUGGUUAAAAUACUAGGACCAUUGAAGUAUUAAAUGCCAAUUUGUUUUAUAAAGUAUCUUUUCAAUAGUGUUAUUGUUGUGUGCUAAUUAGUCGAUUCCCGAUUUAUAGCGACCUCAUGUGACAGAGUAGAACUGCCCCAUAGGGUUUUCGAGGCUGUCAUCUUUAUGAGAGCAGAUUGCCGGGUCUUUUCUCCCAUGGAGCCUCUGGGUGGGUUCGAAUCGCCAGCCUUUCGGUUAGCAGCCGAGUGCUUAACCACUGUGCCACCAGUGUUCCUUUCAGUAGUGUUACAAUCCAUCGUAUCUGGUGUUAGCUGCUCACAGACAAGCCUGUGAAACCAGAGGGGCAGUUUAGGUCUAAAAAGAGACAGCAUUUUUUCAAAGAGGACAUUUUAAAGAAUUUUCACAUGAGAUUCUGGUUGUAUUUUAUUGUUUGGAUGCAUCUAAUGCACAUCAGGUGUAGCGUUUUUGGAGCGAGAGAUGGGGCAGGACAGGCAUGGGAUCCAACAGUCUACAUGGGAACCUAACCCAUCUCACUUCUCUUUCUGCCCUACCUUGGCCUGUUUUAAAAGGAAAAUGGACAUUUCAUCAUGGGUUGCUGUGAGUUUUGUUAAUGUUUGUGUUGCUGGAUUUACGGUUAAGUGAAGCAUAUAGCUGGAGUAUGAACUUUCUGAGUUUUCCCAUUGUCCCAGAUUCUCUUUGUAAACCUUUAAACCUUAGCCCUGAUCGACUGUGUUAAAUCCACUAUGAGAAUGUUAUUUAAAAUUGUGUUAUAAUUACAACCUCCACUAAUUAUUCAGUACUGUAGCAGCAGUAUUAUUUGUAAGAAUUUGGUUAUUUUUAUACUUAUAUCCACUAUAAGUCUGGCGUUCUAGUCAGUAAAAUGAUGCAAUAAAAUUAAUAUCAUUUUCAUUGUGUGUUUUUCUCUUAAUCACAAGCAAACCAGACCAGAGUGCAACCAGUUAUUUCUCAUGAGGCAUCCAUCACUCAAACCGCAGAACCAUACAGUGAAUUCCUGCGUGUCAAGUGUAGGAAACCAACCAACCAACCAGUUGCCGUCGAGUCAAUUCUGACUCAUGGCAACCCCAUGUAUGCCAGAGUAGAACUGUGCUCCAUGGGGUUUUCAAGGCUGUGACCUU